AAAUUUCUCUUGACUAUCUAAAGUUGUGGUGUUUUUUUAUGGCAGUUGAUUGGGAGUUGUGAAUAAGAAAGACUAUUGUAGCUUCUAAGAGAGAAAGGCUUAUAAAAUUUGGGAGGAAAGAAGAAAUGAAAUCUCUUUGAAGGUACUUUCAAGUUCCUAACUUUUCUUUUUUGUUUUUUAUUUUCUAUGUAUUCAAGUUCUAAUCUUGUUCUUAUUUCAAGAGGUUGUAAUUUUCUAAGCUAAGAUUAUUGAUUUGUAUAUAUUUUAUUGUCAAUUAACUAUAGAUUAGCUCCAUAGAUUGAGGUUAAAGCUUUAAAGGAUUUUUGAAUUGAGCUUUUUAUGCUUUUGUAUUAUGGUGUAUUGGAUGGAUAUAUUUUCUUUUAUAGAAUUUGCUGUUUUGGUGUGCUUUUGAUAAGCAAUAGAUUGAUAUUUGUAGCCAAACGAGCUUUGUUUGUUGUAUGCUUGCUGUGCUACCUACUUGGUCUAGCAAUAAUCCCCUGCCUCCAGAGAUAUGGCUUCUUCCGUACAUCCUUCCUAUUCAUCCAGGAAGAAUGUGGUGUCACUGUCGGAUGGUAUACUUACCAAUGUCUUUCUUAUAUGGGAAGAAGUUUAUUGGUCCAAUCACACCAACAGUUUUGUCUCUGAGGAAGGAGCUCUUCACUGUCCCCUAUCAUGAAAUAGAUUGGAAUGAGGCGCGAAAUUUAUGUGCAAAGGAAGAUUUGUAUUACCCGCAUCCACUAGUUCAAGAUAUCCUCUGGGCGACUCUUCACAAGGCUGUUGAACCAGUUCUGAUGAAUUGGCCAGGAAAAAAAUUAAGAGAAAAGGCUCUCCACUCAGCAAUGGAGCAUAUACACUAUGAAGAUGAGAACACUCGUUAUGUUUGCAUUGGACUUGUGAAUAAGGUAUUAAACAUGCUUUGCUGUUGGGUUGAAGAUCCAAAUUCAGAGGCUUUCAAGUUGCACCUUCCAAGAAUCAAUGAUUAUCUAUGGAUUGCUGAAGAUGGCAUGAAAAUGCAGGGGUAUAAUGGAAGUCAAUUAUGGGACACUAGUUUUGCUGCUCAGGCAAUUAUGUCAACUGAUUUUGUCAAAGAAUACAGCAUAACUUUAAGAAAGGCACAUGAGUUCAUUAAAACCUCACAGGUUUUAGAAGAUUGUCCAGGUGAUCUUGAUAAUUGGUAUCGCCACAUUUCAAAGGGUGCUUGGCCUUUCUCCACUCGUGAUCAUGGUUGGCCCAUCUUAGAUUGUACAGCAGAAGGAUUAAAAUCUACUCUUCUAUUAUCAAAACUUCCCUCAGAUAUUGUUGGUGAACCAUUAGAGCCAAAUCGUAUAUAUGAUCCUGUCAAUGUCAUUCUCUCAUUACAGAAUAGAGAUGGUGGCUUUGCAACAUAUGAACUCACUAGAUCCUACCAUUGGUUGGAGCUGAUCAAUCCUGCUGAAACCUUUGGUGACAUUGUCAUUGAUUAUCCAUAUGUGGAAUGCACCUCGGCUGCUAUUCAAGCUCUGACAUCAUUUAGAAAGUUGUACCCUGGUCACCGGCAAAAAGAAAUAGAGCAUUGUAUCAAGAAAGCGACUGCUAAACAAAUGGACUCACAAUAAAGACAAGUGCAC